AUGAGAAGGCAACUCCGGUCCAGAAGGGCUCCAGUCUUUCCUUACGGUUAUGGCUACAGACUUGAUGAUCAGGAUGAAGUGAAUCAGAACUACUUAGCAGAUGAAGAGGAGGAAGCAGAAGAAGAGGCUCAGGUGAUGAUGGCACUCGAACUGGAGGAAGAAGAAGAUGAGGAGGAGAAAGAAGAGGAUGAAGAGGAGGAAAAAGAGCAAAAAAAGGAAGAAGAUGGUCAGGGUCAGCCAACAGGCAAUACCUGGUGGCAGAAAUUGCAAAUGUUGAAUGAAUACUUAUGGGAUCCGGAGAGAAGAAUGUCUCUGUCCCGAACAGGUCAGAGUUGGAGCCUGAUUUUAGUCAUUUACUUCUUCUUCUAUGCUUCUCUGGCUGCUGUGAUCACUGUCUGCAUGUACAUGCUCUUUCUGACCAUCAGCCCGUACAUGCCGACCUUCACUGAAAGGAUGAAGCCUGACCUGUUUUCAUUGCCAGGAGUUAUGAUCAGACCCUUCGCUCAUAGCCUUAAUUUCAACUUCAACGUUUCUGAACCUGAAACUUGGCAGCAUUAUGUGAUUAGCCUAAAUGGCUUUCUCCAGGGCUAUAAUGACAGCCUUCAAGAAGAAAUGAAUGUAGACUGCCCCCCAGGACAGUACUUCAUCCAAGAUGGAGAUGAAGAUGAGGACAAGAAGGCUUGUCAAUUUAAACGCUCCUUCCUGAAGAACUGCUCUGGUCUGGAGGACCCCACUUUUGGAUACUCUACUGGACAACCUUGCAUCCUCCUAAAGAUGAACCGGAUUGUAGGCUUUCGUCCCGAGUUUGGAGAUCCAGUGAAGGUUUCCUGCAAAGUUCAGAGAGGUGAUGAAAACAACAUUCGAUCCAUGAAUUACUACCCAGAGUCGGCUUCUUUUGACCUACGCUACUAUCCUUACUACGGCAAACUGACUCAUGUUAACUACACCUCACCCCUGGUGGCGAUGCACUUUACCGACGUAGUGAAGAACCAAGUGGUGCCUGUGCAGUGUCAGCUGAAGGGCAAAGGCAUCAUAAAUGAUGUCAUCAAUGAUCGUUUUGUGGGAAGAGUAAUCUUUACCCUGAACAUAGAAACUUAAGAACUUCAGAACGCCACUCCCACUAGUUCCGUUUCUUGUUUUGUUUCUUAUCCCUGGUAGCACCUGCAUUCUUUUACUUCAAUUAGGACACAGUCCCAUAGAUGACUAAGGCAGCACAUCAUCUCUCCUUGCCUUUGACAUGUGUAUGAAAGUGAUAUUGUGGGACCUGUUUGAUUUUCUUUUAAGGUAGUCUUUCUUGAUGAAAAAUAGAUUACAUUCAUUUCCUUUCCCUUCACUUAAAACUAAGACUCAUUCUUACUGCCAAAAGCCUCACUUCAGUAUAAACAUAGUACUGGAUAAAAUCCUCAAUAGCCAUGCUUGGGAGAUUGUCUAUGAUGCUUAUACAUUCAUCAUGUUUUCUGAACUUUUGUUGGUUUUAAAGGUGAGAGUACUUCCAACCCGAAAGAUAAGCUAAACUUCUCCUUUCCCUUUUAAAAACUGCCUGGCAAGGUCCUUCUUUGACGAUACCCAUUCAAACUAAUUCAGACUACACUUAAGACCACUCUAUUUACAAAACUUUAUAUUCAGAGGACUUGAGAAACUGGAUACUUCCCACAGGAAACUAAAUACUGAUUCAAACAGUACGUUAUUAUCAACUGGGACAGAAGAAAUACUAAG